ACAGUAGUGGAUGGACGUCGCAAUAUGGAAGAAUUCCUAAACAAAGAAUACGUGCUGCAGUCCUCCGAGAACUUCGAAGAUUAUUUGGAGUUUAUGGGCAUUAAUUACUUUAGUCGAAAAAUUGCAUCCACUUUGAAGAUGGUUCAAUGUCUGGAACGGAAUGAGGACGGGACUUAUACAUUCCAUUUUAAAUCGAAGUUGGCCAGUUCUCAAACAAAGUUCAUACCUGGCGAGGAGUUUGAGGAAACGAAAGCGGACGGUGUUAAGGUCAAGGCAUUAAUCACAUUUGAAGGUGAUGAGAUGACCCACGUACAGAUCGAAUCGAACGGCCGCACCUCGAAACACGUGCGAAAAUUCUAUCACGAUAAACUUAUUGUCACGACCACGGCUGUGGGAUUUGAUAAAACCGUUACAAGAGUUUACGAAUUGCUAAUUAAAUAAAUGACAUCACGCUUUGGUAUGGACGGAUAAUAUUGUGAUUACAUUU